AUGUCUUCACAGUUUCUGACCCUCCUCCUCUUGAUCUCCAUUGCAGCGAUCCACCAUCUCCCCGUCGUGACUUGCAGAACAUGGUGCGUGGCGUUGCCUGCUACCUCAGCAGAGCAGUUACAAAACAACAUUAAAUUCGGUUGCAGCCAUAUCGACUGUGCAGCAAUCAACCCCGGUGGAACUUGCUAUUACCCUAAUACUCUAUAUAAUCAUGCGUCGUAUGUCAUGAAUGCUUAUUACCAGAGCCAAGGUCGCACCUUUGCUGCUUGUACGUUCGGCAAUACCGGUUUUCAAAUUGGUUCCGACCCAAGUGCUGGGGAAUGUGUCUUCCCAGCUUAA